AUUGGUGUAUCUAGAGUCCACUUAAUAAUAUUUCUCCUUUUAAUAUUCCUCUUUCCGAAACGCAACGCAACGCCCACCACAGGCCAUCGAGCAUUAACGUAAUUGGAUUGCGGCGAAGGCGAUGGGUUACUUCGCAAAACCCAUCGUUCAUAAUCAUUGAUGAAACCUAAACCCUACUCCUACUCCUUUCUCUAUCUCAACAGAUAUUCCUGCGCCCAAUCUCGUCCCCUCAUGGCCCAAACCCCACCUUGUGAACACCCCGACGACCACCGCCACUUGGGCUUUCCGGCCCGGACCCUAAGCGGAGAGUCUCGGGCGGAACGGGCGUGGGCUCAUUGGGCCAAGUUGGGUCGACCCAGAUUCAUAGUGGCCCCCAUGGUCGACAAUUCGGAGUUACCGUUUCGAAUGCUGUGCCGCAAGUACGGUGCCCAGGGCGCGUACACGCCCAUGCUUCAUUCCCGCAUCUUCUCAGAGACCCAAAAAUACAGGAACGAAGAAUUCACCACUUGCGAGGAGGAUCGACCCCUCUUUGUUCAAUUCUGCGCCAACGAUCCUGAUGUGUUGUUGGAAGCUGCACGCAAGGUGGAGCCUUAUUGCGAUUAUGUUGAUAUUAAUCUUGGGUGCCCUCAGCGCAUUGCUAAGCGGGGAAACUAUGGUGCCUUCUUGAUGGAUAACCUUCCUCUUGUGAAAUCUCUUGUGGAAAAAUUGGCUGCUAACCUCCAGGUUCCUGUUUCGUGCAAGAUUAGGCUCUUUCCAAAUUUAGAGGACACUUUGAAGUAUGCUAAGAUGCUUGAAGAGGCUGGUUGUAUGCUUUUAGCUGUUCAUGGCAGAACAAGAGAUGAGAAGGAUGGGAAGAAAUUUAGAGCAGACUGGAAAGCUAUCAGGGCUGUGAAGGAUGCAGUCAGAAUCCCUGUCCUUGCGAAUGGGAACAUAAGGCAUAUGGAUGAUGUUAGAGACUGCUUAGCAGAGACUGGCGUAGAAGGGGUGCUUUCUGCUGAGACCUUGCUUGAAAAUCCAGCUGUAUUUGCCGGAUUUCGAACUGCUGAAUGGGUGUCUGAAAGCGAAGGCACCAAUGUGGAUGGAAAACUGGACCAGGCAGAUCUGCUAAUUGAGUAUUUGAAGCUGUGUGAAAAGUACCCUGUGCCAUGGAGAAUGAUUCGUUCUCAUGUUCAUAAAUUGUUGGGGGACUGGUUCAGCCUUCAGCCUCACAUCAGGGAGGAACUUAACAAACAAUCUAAACUGACUUUUGAAUUUCUCUAUGACAUGGUAGAUCGACUUAGGGAUACAGGUACAAGAAUUCCACUUUACAAAGUACCCGAGUAGAACUUACAGAAGACAGUUAGCCAGAUUAACACAGCUGCAUACCAACAUUUGGAGUUCAAAGUCAAGCCAGAACCUCAAUGAAAUAUCUUCUGUAAUAGAGGUGGUGCGGCCAGGAAAAAUUAGCAUGAUUGCACAUUAUUUAGACACAAUUUUGUAGUGAUUAGAAGUGAGAAUAGUUCAAAUUUCUAAACUCUGUGUUGUAUUUGUCUUCAUUCUUAUGGCAAUUGCCAAACGGCAGUGUUGUACUCUAUUAAAACGCUGAUGCUUGCUCAGAGCGGAUAAAUUUAUGUUAUUGUCUUGAACGUUUCAUA